GUCACGUCAAGGAAACUCAUUCCGAUUCCAUAUCAGCUUCAAUAACCAGUCAUGUUGAUGUCGACCACAAAAAAUGCGCUCAGUCGCGGCGCAACUUUCGUCUUCGUUGGUGGACGGACGUUCUCUUCGACCCGACCCACCCUGAUGGAAAAGUCGAUGGCAGACCUCCUACAAGAGAUCCCCCCAGAGCUCGCCAUCCCCGUCUCGACACCUUACUCUGGUAUAGGCCGGAGAUUCGGCAAAGCACGUACCGAACGAAAGGAAACCGUCAGCUUUGGCAGCAAGCCCAACCAAGUCCGGGCUGAACAGAAUGCCCAACGAUUGUACAAACGGGAAGAUUCAGUAGCUGGCGGAUUCGGGAGCAUGAUGAGGAAGGAUAAGGCUGUGGCAGCUAGCUCGUCGACCGGGGGAUCGAGGUCUCAAGGUGAUGAGCGAGCGGGACAGAGGGAGAGGAAGCCAUACAGGAACGAUAAACCUGCUCGUCCAUCCGAGUCCUCUGGAUCCUCUGGGUCCAGAUCAGCCCAAUCUGGCUACCAGCCUCGGGAGAAGUUUAGCAGGAUCAAACCUAUGGCUGCUGAGCCUCCCGUACAACAACAACAGAUCAGGCUGGAGGACUAUGCUCCACAGAAACCGCGGGGCCAGGAUGAUCUUUUCGGGACAACCUCGUUGUUGGAUGUUGAUGUCGCCAGUAUGAAUCAGGUGGAAGGGCAGAACGCGGAAUUUGUUGGCGACGAGCAGAACAUAUCGGCCGAUCGAGACUCGGCACUCCACCGUGCCCUCCUGUCCGUCGGCUCGUACUCGCAUCUUGUCCCCGCACCCUUCUCUCAAUCCACGAUCUCGUCGACCAACUCGAUCCUCGAUCCCAAAACCAAUCGAGAGACGCUGCACCGAUUCGCCGUGCACCAAGCCGACUUCGCGCUGACGAGAGGCGUCAACGUCAGUGAGGGGCAACGAGGCAUCGCCAAGGGGGUCAUCAUGGGACGAUUAGGAGUGAAAGCUUAGAUCGCUUGUAUAUGCUGACGAUCGAGACAAUGCAUGUAUCAUAUGGGGCAUAGCGGGUGCAACAUACCUGUAGAAGCG